UUGCUUAUGUUUUGUAAAUGCUAUGAAUAUAAUAUCUAUAAUUGUUGUCACAUUAUCUUGCUUUGUUAUAAAGAUUUCAGCAAACAAUGUGAAAUCAUUUAACGAAGCAAAAUUGUCUUUGCUAUUACCUAAAGCCUACAGAUAUAUUGUACAUUUACAUAUUCGGAAUGCAGAAAAUGGGAAAAUAAAAUCAUGUUUAGGUAGUCUAAUCAAAGAUGAAUGGAUAUUAACGGCAGCUCAUUGUGUUUCAAAUCGAAAACCAAACAGUAUAACUGCACAUUUUGGAGCUCUUCAUUUUCGCUUAUUCACACGAAUUGAGUUAAUAUUUAUACAUCCAGCAUACCAAGCAUCACUUUUCAUCCAUGACAUAGCCUUACUAAAAAUCAGAAGGGCAUAUCGUUCAAUUGAACCAAUUCCAUCCGUAUUGAAUUUACCUACAAAAGAGCGUAAUCAUUUUAAAAAUAUGGUAACACAAUUUCGUUCAGAUUACACACCAAUGUUGUUCAAAUGGAAUGAGAAUAUGACUUCAAUACAUGCAAAUCCUAUAUCGGUAGUAACCAAUGAAAUUGCAACCGGAAAAUUUUGCCAGAAAAAUUUACACAAGGCAAUAUGUACUCAAAGUGCUGAUAAAGGUGUUAGUAUGACAAAAGGUGAUAGUGGCACAGCGAUUGGAUAG